AUGGAGGCGGGGCUGGUGCUGCUGCGGCUGGGGCGGGGCCGCCCCGCCCAACAGGUGGCGGCCAUGUUUGCCGCGGGCGCUCGGGGGGUCCUUUUUUACCGCGACCCCCGGGACACGGCCGGGCCGGGGGGGGGCCCCGCGCUGGGGGGGGGCACCACGCCCACCCUGCACGUGCAGGAUGGGGCGGGGGACCCCUUCAGCCGGGGAUUCCCCUCCUUCAGCGGCCACGCCCCCCCUGGCCCCGCCCCGGGCGUGGCCCCGAUCCCCGCCCACCCCCUGAGCGCCGCCACCGCCAUGAGGCUGAUGAGGUCCCUGGGCCCGCCCCUCGCCCCCCCGCGCUGGGGGGUCCCGGGGGGGUCGCUCCGGUUCCGGCCCCGCCCGGGGGGGCGGCGGCUGCAGCUGCGGGUGGGGGCGGGGACGCGCCCCGGGACCCUCACCAGCGUCUUCGGGGCCCUGCGGGGGCGCCUCGAGCCCGACUGUUACAUCAUCGUGGGGGCCCAACGCGAUUCGCUGGGGCCGGGGGCGGCGGCCUCGGGCGUGGGCACCGCCCUCCUGCUGGAGCUCGCCCGGUUCUUCGCUGCCAUUGGCCGAGAGGGGUUCCAGCUCCGCCGGACGCUCCUCUUCGUCAGCUGGGACGGCGCCGAGUUCGGACACUUGGGGGCCACCGAGUGGCUCGAGGGCUACCCCGGCCUCCUGCACACCAAAGUCGCCGCCUACGUCAGCCUGGACCGGCCCGUGCUGGGCGCCGAUCGCUUCGUGGUCCGGACCAGCCCCACCCUGGGGCCGCUGAUCGAGAGCGCCCUGGAGCAGGUGGAGAGCCCCAACGAGGGCGGGAAAUCCCUCCUGGAGCAGCUGCGGCGGCCGGGGCGGGGCUGGGAGAGCGACGUGAUCCGCCCCCUGGCCCCCGAGAGCGGCGCCUUCCCCUUCACGGCGGCCGCGGGGGUCCCGGCGCUGGAGCUCGGCUUCGAUGAGGCCCCGGGCGGUGGUGGCAGCACCCGUGCGGCCCUGGGGACACCCGAGGACACUCUGUCGCGGCUCGGGGCGCGGCUCCGGGGCCGCCUCCCCGCCGUGUCCCGCGCCGUGGCCGCCGUGGCCGCGCAGCUCCUGCUCCGCCUGGGCCACGACCCGCGGCUGCCGCUAGAGCCCGCGGCCAUCGGGGACGCGCUGGUGCGGCAGCUGGCACCGCUGCAGGCGCGGGGCCUGUCGCUGCAGUGCCUCUCCUCGGCCAGAGGGGGCGUUGUGCGCGCGGCCGCCGCGCUCCGUCGCGACAUGUCGGGAUCGGACGGCGCCAACGAGCGGCUCAACCGCGGCUUCAACGCGCGCCUCAUGGCCGCGGAGGCGUCGCUGCUGUCCCCGUUCGUGUCCCCUCUCGUGUCCCCGUUCCGUCACGUCCUGCUGGGCCGGGGCGGGCACACGCUGGCGGCGCUGGUGGCCGAGCUGGGGACACAGCGGGGGACACCGGGGGACAACGAAGGGACACCUGGAGACAACCUGGGGACACCUGGUGACAAUCUGCGGCUGGCGCUGCUGGCCUGGACCCUGCGUGGCACGGCCGGGGCGCUGGCGGGGGACAGUGGGGACAUCGGGGACAUUGGGGGCGGCCUCGGGGACAGUGGCGACUGCGGGGACAUGGGCGCCAUACUGGAAAGGCAGCCAUGUUGGAUUGGAGGCCAUGUUGGAAUGGCAGCCAUGUUGUCCUGGUAG